AUGGUCAACUUGGACGACAACCGGCUGCACCAACCCACAUCACCCCACGAUUUUACCUCCACCAGAACUGCACUACCAAAAGUACAACCUAACCAAGAUGAUGAGACCCGGCAGUUCUACCAGCAGCUCCGUCAGUAUGAAGGUCACUUCCUGAGGAUGACGUAUGAAUAUUUCCAGGAUGAUCUGCUCCACAUUGUGGAGAACAUGAGUCUUCCACCACUUCUGAAUGAGCUACAUCCCCGAAGUCUUGCUGAUCCUGAGAAAUACCGGAGUCUAGAACACGAUAGAAGAAGAUUGGCGCAGAUUUUACUACAGGAUAUUUGUCUCAGAGGAAGAGAAGCUGUGAUAGGACUGUGGGUCAGUCUGUAUGUAUUACAGAAGGAUCAUGGUUCCCCCGGCCUGAACGCUGUACUGGAGGAACUCCGUCAUAGAGGUGACACUCUGGUGGAGCAAAUCCUGCUGGAUGAACAUGGACACCAACUGUCCCCACAACUCAAAGAAUUCCAGAUCAGUCACAAGAAACAUUUAGAGGAAAGAACUGAGAAACUUCUAGAGAACAAACCUCCAAGAUGUGACCAGCGAGAGGAAAGUUUUUCAUUCUGUACACGUUAUGUCAACCUUAUCAUUGUCUCCACUGGUCACUUCAGAAAACGCUCUGAGAAUGAGCUCAUAGAGACCGGGGUAAAACAUGAGGAACACUUAAAGAGAAAACAAAAUGAAUUACUACGCAUUUCCCCCAACAAACUGUUCCGCUGGUGCCACCGAUCCGAACAAGUGCCACAUAUGGUAAUGGUGAGCGGAGUGCCUGGUGUAGGGAAGACCACACUGAUGCAGAAGGUUGUCUAUGACUGGGUGAAGGGGGAUCUCUAUCAAAGAUUCUCCUUUGUCUUUUUCUUCAAAUUCCGAGAACUCAACAGACUGGAUAAAGUUAGUCUGGACUCUCUAAUCCUUCAUCAUUACCCAUAUCUGGAGGAGCAGCUUAGUAACAUCUUACUGGAACCAGAAAAACUUCUCUUUAUAUUUGAUGGUUUAGAUGAAAGUCUUCAUAACAUGGAUUUCUCAUCACGUCACUUGUGCUCUAAUCCUACACAGCCUGAACCUUGUGGUCAGAUUGUGGUUAGUUUGGUGAGAAAGUCUCUUCUUGAUGGUUGUUCUGUCCUAAUGACCAGUCGCCCAACCAGACUGGCAUUAAUUGAUUGUAGAGUUUUCCAGAGAAUAGUAGAAAUCACUGGAUUUUUACCUGAAGAACGACAGAUGUACUUUAAAAAUUUCUUCCCUGACCCUGAACUGGCGGAAAAGGCUUUUAAUUAUGUGAAGCAGAAUGACAUCCUGUACACGUUCUGUUACCUCCCGUCCUACUGCUGGAUCAUCUGUACAGUAUUAUCCAGGAGCUUCCAGCCAACAAGUAGUGAUCAACCGGUGUCAUUAUUACCUAAAACUGUCACCCAGCUUUUUGCAAUAUUUGUCGCCAACAUCCUGUCCAAUCACUGCCUGGACAAAAGUGACGCCCAGAAGAUCCUGCAGUCCAUCGGAUGGAUGGCAGAACAUGGAGUCAUGAAUCACAGGAUUAUCUUUGAUGAACGAGAUCUGGACUGUUUCCAUGUGGACAAUAAGUCAAAGCUCUUAUCAAGUUUUCUGAUGGAAUCGAAGGAACCUGUGUCCUAUUCCUUCUUACAUUUCACAGUUCAGGAAUUCUUCUCUGCCUUGGUGCAUUAUGUGGAUUAUUCUCCUGAGAAGUUACAGAAAUCACUAAAAGAUGCCAAAUCCUAUCCUGAUGGACGAGGUGAGAUGUUCCUCCAUUUCCUGUGUGGUCUAUCAGACGGCUCCACCAGGUCAAUGCUAACUGGAUACCUGGACAGACAAGCAACUCAGACAUCUAUAGAUGUCAUCACUUGGCUAAAGAACUUCAUUCUAGUAGAAAAGAGGCCAAUGCAAAGUAAGAAGAACAAGCAAUGUCUUCUCAGUGCAUUUUUCUAUCUAUACGAAUCUCGGAAUAAGAAUCUAGUGAAGGAAUCACUACAAUCACAUGAAAGUCUUGACUUUUCUGAUGUUCGUAUGUCGACUCUAGACAGCACAGUGUUAGCAUUUAUUCUGGACACUUGCAAAAAUAUAGAAGACCUGAAUCUAUAUGGAUGUUCCUUAGACAAUGAAGGAUUAGAAAGACUUGCUCCAGGAUUACAUAACCUGCAGUUUCUGAGGUAA